CUUAACACAAAACAACUGAACAGUGAUAUCUUGUGUGAAAAUAUGCCUAUUCAUUAGUUCUGUGGACCUCACCUAGCCUGUUGCACGAACUCACGAACCUUCACGGGCCUUGAGCACCCGCGGGAUUUUUUUCGACACGAAAUAGAAACGAAAAAAGAAAAAAUAUCAGAAGAUAUAAGGGACGGGCCGACGACUCCGGUGAACAUGACCUAGUGCCGAAUGACAUCGGCACACCCCUCGCCCCGCCAUAAUAGCUCGCCGACCUGACACGCACACAGACGCACAAGUUAUAAGAAAUGGUGGCGCGCUGGUUGGUGGUAUGCUGCGUGGUGCUGUUCGCUCGACCGGCGCACCCGCAGGGAGCGCAGCAGUGUCCCGCGCCGAACACCAUCACGCCUUGCAGCUGUACCGUCAAGAAGAAUGGCCUCGACAUCCUCUGCGAGUUUACUGAACAACAGCAUAUACAGAAGGCAAUGAACACACUUCGCUCCAAACCGAUGAUAAUCUUCUACCUGAAGCUAAGACAUAACAACCUGGCUAAACUGCCCUCGUACAUAUUCCUGGGACUGGAUAUCCGUCAUCUGACUGUCCAUAACAGCAGUUUAGCUGUCAUUGAAGACUCUUCACUAAGUUCUAUUGGUAAUAAGUUGACGCAGCUUGAUGUCUCGCAGAACAGCUUGGCGACGAUACCGACCUCCUCAUUCACGCAUCUCAACCAUCUGCUCAUACUUAAUAUGAAUCAUAAUAAGGUGACUGCGGUACACAACAGGGCUUUCAUGGGCCUGGACACAUUGGAGAUACUAACGUUGUAUGAAAACCGGAUAUCUGUGGUUGAUGGGGAGGCUUUCAAAGGACUUGAAAAGAAGCUGAAAAGGCUAAAUCUUGGCGGUAACGACUUGACAGCGGUGCCACAAAAAGCUCUCGCUUUGCUUGAGAAUUUGAAAAAACUUGAAAUGCAAGAAAACCGCAUCGCUACUAUUACUGAAGGAGAUUUUGCAGGUCUACGGAGCCUAGAUUCUCUAGGUUUGGCUCAUAAUCAGCUACGUGAAGUACCCGCCCAGGUAUUUUCGCAUCUGACGUUUUUGAACUCUCUGGAGCUGGAAGGCAAUUUAAUCCAAAGGAUUGAUGAAAAAGCCUUUGCUGGACUUGAAGAAAACCUGCAAUAUCUUCGGCUUGGAGACAACCGUCUGCAUGAGAUACCCUCAGAAGCUCUUCGUCCGUUGCAUCGUCUACGCCACUUGGAUCUUCGCUCCAACAAUAUUACGUACAUCAGUGAGGAUGCUUUCACUGGCUAUGGAGACUCCAUCACCUUCUUGAAUCUGCAGAAGAACAUGAUCCACCAGCUACCGACUAUGGGCUUCGACAAUCUCAACAGUUUGGAGACUUUAAAUCUGCAGAACAAUAAGUUGCAACACAUUCCUGAGGAAAUUAUGGAACCGAUUUUGGAUACUCUACGAGUAGUUGAUAUUAUGGAUAACCCGCUGAUAUGCGACUGCGAGCUGGCAUGGUACGAGGCCUGGCUCGCCGGCUUACGGGACAGAGACGACGAAAUGAUGCAGAAGAAGCGAACCGUCUGCACCAUGGUCAACGAGCACCGAGAGUACAGCGUCGCCAAGAUGCCUCUCGAGAAAAUGAACUGCAAGAGGAAACCCGCGUAUGGACGCACUUCGAGUGCACCAUACCGCCAUGACAUCUGCCUCGCUACCAACGUACUCUUCGUGGUAGCAACCAGGUGGCUUUAGAAUAACCAUAAUCAUAACAUUCCUGAUAAGUUAAUCCUAAUUUAAUUUCUCGCGAAGCGUCACCCUCGGGCCAGCUGUGGCCGGAUGACCCGAUGCGUACCUCUUCGCAACGUUCGUAUUUUCUGUUCAAAACUUGUGACGUGAUGAAUUUGUGCAAUAAACUACGAUACAUAUCAAUUUUGGGCUGAUAAACAAAAUUUAGUAAUAUAUACGGAGCGGUAGCUUGGUAAGUGAAGAUGGUCGUUUUUCAAGAGCGGUAAGUUAGUGGUACAGUAUUUUUACAAUGUAGUAGAACCUCUUACGGUAUGCCUUACUAAUAGUAAUGUACCAGAAUGUAAGUAACUGCAAGUUCUAACACCAGGCAUUCUAGUAUUAGUAGGUAUCACUGAAGGUGUGUUUCAUAUCUUUAUGGUCGUAGCAUGCUCUUAGCAUGAAGGAAACUUAAAUAAAAUGUUCAAAAAUGUGAUUUCACAAUGAGCUAGAACUUUUACACAAUCUUUAGCAAUGAACAAUUUGAUUUGAAAAUUUACAAUUCCCUAUGAAUUUGAAUGAGAAUUUCUAAUAUUUUUUAUCGUUUACCCCUGCCUUACGAUAAAAUACCUAUUAAGCUUUUAUGUAUUUACAAUGUUGACUAUUACGAUAUAAUUACUGUACGGUACGUGUAAGAGGGCUCGCAGUACGAGUGUUUUACCUCACAUUGCGUACAUUUAUACUUCUCUAAUUAUAUAGCAAAGGGAAAUGAUUGCCGGUUCUCUCUAUACCUACAUGUAUGCCGUAUCGUUUACAGGCAGUUACGUUAGCUUUCGAAACGUACGAAUAUGUUAUCUUGAUUAUUAUAUUACAUAGUUAGAGCCCAUAAAAUAAAUGUUCUAUUUGAUGUAGAAUUAGUAUUAAGUAGAUAAAUAAGUGUUAGAUGAGAUUCAGUAAAAUCAACGCUGUUUAUAUUUUGGGAGUUCGUAGCAUUUAAUCGAUAUGAUUAGUUCACGUAACGAGAAUUAUUUUAGAUAGGUUUCUUUUAGUUUAGUUUAAGUUCACUAAAUUAUAAUACAAUUUUAAAUAUUGUACACUAAGUUGAUAGAAUUUAUCACGUUUUUUUAUUCUUAUAGCUUUAAAUGAUUUGAUGAUGAGAUAAUACUUGAUGUUAAAGUUUAUCGUUUGUCUAGUGGAGUAAUAAAUGUGACUCUGAACAUAUUUACCUUUGCUUUGUAGUCACCUACCCUGGCUAUUAACAGGACCUCGUAAGUGACAUAUUAAAAAAGAAAAUUAAAAUGUUCUGAGCCCAAUGAUUCAUGUACAUCACGUAUAUAAAUCAUUAUCAAGUGAUAAAAAUGUAACCAAAAACAUAUCCUUUAGUCUGAGUAAAUUAAUUAUAAGAUUGUUCAUAAUAUACAAUGUUUAAAUUGAAUAUAUUUGAAUAAGUAGAAGGUUAACCUAAAAUUUUGAUCAGCAGAAGUUGGCGAAUUAUGUGGGUUAGAAGUUUCUGCGAAAAUACGAAACUCGAAGUUUUUAAAUCUUGCUUUUCGUGGUUGUAGUACUACUGGGUAUUAAAAUUUAAAGUGUGCUUCGUAUUUCGUACUUUUGUAGUAGGUUCGUAAAGAGUUUUGGAAAUAUUUUAGGAAGGAAAUUGUAGAAGGACGAAGUAAUUGUUGCAAUAUUCUUAGAAAAUGUACUUUCAAAUUUUAUUAGUCUCUAUUGAAGAUGUAUUAGCUAAAAUCAAAAUUAGCUCAGAAAUAAAAAUUAAAUGACCUACUUGCAAAAUGAAAUUAAAUAUUGGAAUUUGAAAGCAUGAAAAUCAGAUGUGAUACAAUCCAGGGGUUCGUAACAUCUUUGGAUGACCAAAAAUAUAUUAAUUUAUAUCGUAGAUUGAUUUUACCAUUUACCUAUGAUUUUUAUGACCAUUAUAAUAUACACUUAAUAAGUUAUAAUUAUAAUAAAAAUGUGCUAACAUAUGUAAGGCGCGAGGUUGGGUACUUUUCGUACCCAAUUUACAUAUUGGCACAUUUUAGUGGAAAUGCAUUUUUAUAUAGUAGUGUUAAUGUUAAAGCUUGAAUGUUUAUCGUCAUUAUCACUGUUCACGUAUAUAGCGGUUUAUGCACAUUAUACAUAUACAAAUAUUGCACUUAUAAUAUACACUAUGUAAUGAUCAGAGUCGAGGCAACCUGAUUAGGUAUAUAUUAAGGAAUUUCAUGAACCGUCUCAUGUUUAUUCGAUAUAUUUAUGUCAUUGUAUACAUUUUUCGAUGUUAUAUGUCGUGUUGCAUACUAUUCAGAUUUUCUAUAUUGUCUUUUUACGCUUUCUCUGAGAUCCGACGCAAGUUAAUAUUAAGAAUCGCUCGUAGUAAACUUUGAGACACUUUUGUAUGUUAAAAAGUUCGUAACAUCUUGGCGUUCUUCGUCAACCAUCUUGGAAAAUAACCUACUCAUUUUAUCGAACUACAGUAGUCUUCAAGAGUGACUCAAAGGUUACUAUAUACAUAUUCUAAUACUAUUAUAUCAUAAUCGUAUUAUUACUCACGUAUAUAAUUUUAAUCUUCUAUGUGUAUAAUCAUAAUAAAUAUAAGAUUGCAAUUUUUCGAAUCAAAACUUCGUCAGCGAUCACGUCUCAAAUUCAUUUGGCUAAAUGCUUCUGUCAGUCGGUGUAUUCAAUCUAAAUUUAAAAAUUGUUAUAUAAACUCAUAAACUACAUUAAAAUCUGAUGGAUUUUAGAAUAAAAAAGAACCAGCAAAAAACAUAUCGUGGAAGUGGAAGCCAUAUUAUACUCCAAGUUGGGCCCCACUGACCUUGCAUAUCAGUAUAGGAAUAAGUCAACGUAAUUUUAAUAUAUAUCCACUGUUAUAUACUAUAUGUGUGUUGUUUAUAUAAACGUAUAUUCAUUGUUAAUCUUUCACUGUUGUAUGGAUGGGUUUCGCUUGUAAAAUAUUCAAUGUACACGUAAGAUGGAUUUUACCUUUAAUAUACAUAAUAUAAUGGUUGGUUAUUUUCAGCAAUAAUCUACAUAUAUAACAUUAUUUACUCAAUCAUUGUUUAUAUUGUUGGAAUCCAUGUUAAUCCUGUUUGUAACGCAAUCGUUUAUAGUCACAUUUAUUAUUUAAUAUUAAUAUAAAUGUAGGUAAUUUAAAUCUAAUAUUGAAAAUUUGCUGUAAAGGUGUAUUUAUUUAAUUUCGGUUUAAAUAAAAAUUUAACUAUGA